CUCAACUCAUUUUUCACUGCCGCAAGCCGCAAGCUAGAGUAAGUAGUUUGUGGCUGUGGCGCUGUGGCUAUAAUCAAAUAGCAAAGUUAGGAGACCGGCGGACUAAUAGAUACGAAUACAAACAAAACUUUCAAGUCUUUCUAAAUUUUAUUAUAUGAAUUUCAGAUAAUCAUCAUAGCAUAUAUUAUCAUUGGACAAAAUGAAUUUGAAUAAAUUCACAAUUGAAUCUUUUUUAUUCUCUUCCGAAUGUGAAGAAUACGCUUAUUUGUUUGCAAGCAGUAGCAGUAGUGAUGAUUCAGAUGAAGACACAAAAAAACCUAGAAAAAAAUUGAAAAAAAUAAACGUUUUUUCAAAGGCAGUUAUUGAUCCCCUAUUGAACCCAGAUGAUUUCAAAAAUCAUUUUAGAGUUAAUAGGACAACAUUUGUCAAAGUUUCAGAAGUGAUACAGAGUGACUUCUGUAUGAAAGGAAUAUCACCCCAAAAAGCAGCAUUAGUCUUAUUAUGGUAUUUGGGUAAUCAGGAACAUUUCAAGAAGACAUCUGAAAGGUUCAAUAUCACCAUGAGUUGUGUACAUAAUAUUAUUAAAAUAGGUACUAGAAAUUUAUCUUGCAGAAAAUCAGAAUACAUUAAGUGGCCUGCUUCUUGUGAAUACCCAACCAUUGCUCGGUUGUUCGAAGAAUCUUGUGAUCUAAAGGGUGUAAUAGGAGCAAUUGGAGUAUCACAUAUAAAAAUUCCAAAACCUGAAAAAAAUUCUCUACUUUAUAUUUCCAACAAUGGUUUCAACAGUGUUGUUCUUCAAGGGGUAGUUACAGUUAACAAAAAGUUCAUUGAUUUUUUCAUCAGCGAGGAAUCUGAUGUUCCAGAAGUUGUUCUGAAUAAAUCAUCUCUUCCACUGGAGGUAAAAAAUGGUUUACUUGGAAAGUACUUUUUAAUUGGACAUCAAGAUCAUCCAAAAUACUCUUGGCUGCUACAUCCUUUUGAUAAUGAUAAUAUGCGUUAUAAAACUGGUUAUUAUAAUAUUGCAGAGGAAGCUUUUAAUUUACUGAAGGGGCGAUUUCAGCAUCUGCAGAAUAUUGAGAAUGGGGAUGUGGUUUUGAUAAAGCAACUAGUGGAAGCCACAUGUGUUCUCCAUAAUUUUUGUAUAGACUGUGAAGAUGAAGAAGAGAACUUUUUCUGUCAUGAUUCUGCUUGACUGCUUGAGAAAAAUUCAGCAAUGAAUGAAAUAGAGAUUACAACUAUGAAUGAAACUGAGAAUAAUUGGCAAACAACAAAUUUUAUGAUUUUGAAGGGACAACCUUGAGAAUGAUACAAAUUGUUUAGAAUAUGUUUUUUAAUUACAAUAUUUGAUUUAAAAUGUUAUGAAAAAUGUACAUAAUUUUGAUUGAAAGAUAUUUCAGUUUUACUUUGUAACAGAAUUUUAUAGGAGAUUAGAAAAAAAUUAAUAUGU